ACUUGUGAAAUAUACAUAGGAUUCUUUCUUUCUUAUAGCUGCAUCCUGGAUCUGGAAAUUUUGCAUGUGCAGCAAGAGGCUUUGAAAGGCUACCACGCACAGAGAUUUGCAAUCAAGACUCCUUUUCUUGUCCUAGAGCUCUCAGACUUGUGUGGUUCUCAGUCUUCUCCUCUUCCUUUCCUCCCCCUUCUCUCCCUCCCCCGCCUUUUUUUUUUUUAAUUAAUUUCUGCUUUACACCUGGAUCGUAUCUUCCGCGAGCAAACGGGGCACUUUCAGAACUAACGGGGGCGAAUCUUGCAGGGAAUCUAAGUCUAUAUGGAAUUAUCAGCUUUGAUGGUGAACUUGGCACUUGUGAAUGGGCUUCUGGUUCGAAUUAUUAAUUGCUAGCAAAAAAGAGGAGUAAAAACGUGGAUUCACCGAAUACGCAUUGUGAUGACCAGAAAUUACCUUAUUGACUGAUAGCAAGAUCAGAAUAUUUUGGAAGACUGUUGUGGGGAGCAGCCUUUAAGAGCUGGAAGAUGAAAGCUCCUAUUCCACACUUGAUUCUCUUGUAUGCUACUCUUUCUCAGAGCUUGAAGGUUGUGACCAAGAGGGGCUCAGCUGAUGGAUGCACUGACUGGUCGGUGGAUUACAAGAAGUAUCAAGUUCUAGUGGGAGAGCCUGUUCGUAUAAAAUGUGCAUUAUUUUAUGGCUAUAUCAGAGCAAAUUACUCUCUAGCACAAAGUGCUGGCCUUAGUUUGAUGUGGUACAAAAGCUCUGGACCUGGAGAUUUUGAGGAACCUAUAGCUUUUGAUGGAACUAGAAUGAGUAAAGAAGAGGAUUCUAUUUGGUUUCGGCCAACAGUGGUGCAAGACAGCGGUCUUUACGCAUGUGUUAUAAGAAACUCUACUUACUGUAUGAAAGUAUCCAUCUCACUGACAGUGGGUGAAAAUGACACUGGACUCUGCUACAAUUCAAAGAUGAAGUACUUUGAAAAAGCUGAACUUAGCAAAAGCAAGGAAAUCUCAUGCCCUGACAUAGAGGAUUUUUUAAUUCUAUAUAGAGAGCCUGAAAUCCUGUGGUAUAAGGAAUGCAAGGCAAAAACAUGGAGACCGAGUAUUGUGUUCAAAAAGGACACACUCAUCAUCCGGGAGGUUAGAGAAGAUGACAUUGGAAAUUAUACUUGUGAGUUAAAAUAUGGAAUCUUUGUUGUCAGACGAACUACAGAAUUAACAGUUACAGCACCACUAACAGAUAAACCACCAAAGCUUUUGCACCCUUUGGAAAGUAAGCUGAUGAUUCAGGAGACCCAGCUAGGCAAUUCUGCGAACCUAACCUGCCGAGCUUUCUUUGGAUACAGUGGAGACGUGAGUCCUUUAAUUUACUGGAUGAAAGGAGAGAAGUUUAUUGAAGAUUUGGAUGAAAAUCGGGUCUGGGAAAGCGAUAUUAGAGUUAUUAAGGAACAUCUUGGAGAACAGGAAGUUUCCAUCUCAUUAAUUCUCGACUCGGUGGAAGAAGGGGACCUAGGAAAUUACUCAUGUUAUGUUGAAAAUGGAAAUGGACGCAGACAUGCCAGCAUUCUUCUACAUAAGAGAGAGCUGAUGUAUACAGUUGAGCUUGCUGGUGGGCUUGGUGCUAUUCUGCUGCUGCUUGUUUGUUUAGUGACUAUCUACAAGUGUUACAAGAUUGAGAUUAUGCUCUUCUACAGGAAUCAUUUUGGAGCUGAAGAACUAGAUGGAGACAACAAAGAUUAUGAUGCAUAUCUAUCCUAUACCAAAGUGGAUCCAGACCAGUGGAAUCAAGAAACUGGGGAAGAAGAACGAUUUGCUCUUGAGAUCCUACCAGAUAUGCUUGAAAAGCAUUAUGGGUACAAGUUGUUCAUACCAGACAGAGAUUUGAUUCCCACUGGAACCUACAUUGAAGAUGUGGCAAGAUGUGUAGACCAAAGCAAGCGACUGAUCAUCGUCAUGACUCCAAAUUAUGUGGUAAGGAGAGGCUGGAGCAUCUUCGAACUGGAAACCAGGCUUCGGAACAUGCUAGUCACUGGAGAAAUUAAAGUAAUACUGAUUGAAUGCAGUGAACUCCGGGGAAUUAUGAACUACCAGGAGGUCGAGGCCCUCAAACAUACCAUCAAGCUUCUAACUGUCAUUAAAUGGCAUGGACCAAAAUGCAACAAGUUGAAUUCUAAAUUCUGGAAACGUUUACAGUACGAAAUGCCUUUUAAGAGGAUAGAACCCAUCACACACGAGCAGGUUUUAGAUGUCAGUGAGCAGGGGCCCUUUGGGGAACUGCAGACGGUCUCAGCAAUUUCAAUGGCUGCUGCCACCUCCACUGCUCUUGCCACUGCCCAUCCAGAUCUGCGCUCCACCUUUCAUAAUACGUAUCAUUCACAGAUGCGCCAGAAACACUAUUAUAGAAGCUAUGAAUACGAUGUACCUCCUACUGGCACCCUGCCUCUUACCUCAAUAGGUAACCAGCAUACCUACUGCAACAUCCCUAUGACACUUAUCAAUGGGCAGCGGCCGCAGACAAAAACUAACAGAGAGCAGAAUCCAGAUGAAGCUCACACAAACAGUGCGAUACUGCCCCUCUUGCCACGGGAGACCAGUAUAUCAAGUGUCAUUUGGUGACAGAAAUGCAAAGGGGGACCCCAACCCCCUGGAGUAGGAGCUAAGUGUGCAGUCUGGUGCCUGGAACUACAUCCUCGACUGCUGCUGUUAAACAUGCAUUACAAUCUAUAAAAUACGAGGAAAAACAGGGUCUUGUACAUAUGUUUUUUGCAGUUUCUUUGUAGCAUCAGUCUUCCUGUUUUAUCCAUGUCUCUUGCCAUUCACAUCUUGGACUUUGUUUUAUACGUCAUUGGAAUUUGUAUAUUAUGGUUUUUUUAAAUGAAGAGACUGCUGUAUAGAUAGGAAAUCUUUUUUGCUCCAUUAGUAUAGUUUUAGAAUUUUUUUAAACAUUUCUUGGGAAUGCUUGGACGAAGCUAUGUUAAUAUCAGAAGCACCAUCCAUUUUGUUGGCCUGCCUAGCCUGAUACAUGAAGGCCAUGCCUGCUGCAUUUCACCGUUGUGAAGAACCUUUGUUCUUAGGAGGACCCCGCCAAUCAUUCUGAGCUCCAAUUUCAUUACUUAUCCCAUGACAACACUUUUUCCUCCCGCCUCCCCUUAUGAUGGUCCCAUGCUGGGUAACACUACAGACAGUCUGAUCAUCUAACAUUUAACUCAGUAAAUGCUUGUCAGACAACAAGAUAUACCCAAUAUGUAUCAAUUGCCUCACAGUAACCACUACAGAGUGUGUAGAAAGUAGAGUUUGUUUUUGUUUUACGGAUGAGUUGAUUUGUAUCCCUUUUAUUUAUAUAAAGCA